AUGUCGUUUCUACAUUCUCAUUCUCGUGAGUGCUUAAAGUCUGAGUUAGAUCUUUUCUCGAUACCUCCUACACAAACCUCGAUAGGAAGCUCUCAAUGGGUACUCUAUAAACCGGUAUCAUCCCUUACCGAUGAGUCGCAUAUAGAAUUUGUCGUCCCUGGUCAUGGUGAUGAAUACAUUGAUUUGGCUCACACAAUGCUAAAUCUUAGGGUGAAAUUAAUAACAACACCUAGGGUUGCUGCAAAUGCCGAACAAUUGGAUAGAGUUGGUCCUGUAAACAAUCUACUACAUUUGUUAUUCAAUCAAGUGGAUGCAUAUUUUAAUCAAAAAGUUGUAUCUCCACCCAGUAAUUCUUAUGCUUAUCGGGCAUACAUUGAAACUCUACUUAACGCUGGUCCUGCUCCUAAAAAUAAUCAUCUGACUACCUCUCUUUGGUAUAAUGACACGCCUGCAAAAAUGGAUGAUUUCGAUGAUAAUGUGAGAUUAAAAUCUCGCCAAAAAUAUUCAAGUGCUGGUAAAUCUAUUGAUGUUAUUGGACACAUGCACUGUGAUGUUCUUACCAGGACAAAUUUCUUAUCAAUAGUGUGGAAUUGA